AAUAGCUAAAGAAAAGAAGUUUGUGUGUGAAAUGCAAUAGCAUAACGGUGCAUAGCACAGUAAACGUCUAAAAGUUUUAUUUAAUUAAAUUAAAAUUCACGCUUUUUGUUUGUCGCAUUCUUCCUCGCCAAGUACUGCAGCAGCACAUCAACCAAUAAUAACAACAACAAGAGCAGUGAAGUGCAAAAACCGGUUCGCCUUUGCAGCAGCGAUAUUAACAACAACAACGAGAAGCAAACCAAAAUCAAAGCAAAGGCAAACGGCGAAAGAAUUUUUGUUGUUUGCGUGUGAGUGCGUGUGUGUGUGCGAAUGCGAGUGCGUUUUGUGGUCCAACAGCAUCUCCCGGUUGCUGCCGAAAAGGCAGUAGAAAAGGCGUAAAACAAGUAAACGAAGAAAAAAGCGUAGUAGGAAUCUGUAGCCAGAGCCGGCCACACUGCCUUUUUGGCUGUUUGGAUCUUUUGGCUGAGAAGAAUUUGUGUGGCAAAAGCAAACCAGUUCGUUGCAGCCGCAGCAGCAGCAGCAGCCUACCCAACAACAACUACAAUAACAAAAAGCUAUAACACAAGUAAAACAAAACAACGAGCAAAAAAGUGGCACAAGUGAAAAUUCCUGCGUUGUGUUUUUUUGACAAUCGCCAAAAGUGAAAAUCAAUUUGCUGAGCUUGCGCGUGUGUGUGUAACAGAGCGGGAACCGCUGAGAGAGAGAGAGAGAGAGCGUAAAAUAUUUUCGUGUCCUUUGGCAACAAAACCUACACCCAGUCGAGAGAAACUUGACGAAAAACUAAAAGGCAACAACAUAUACAUACAACAACAGCGUAGCAAUUUGGCAAAAAGUAAACAAAUUCCAAAAGGCACAGGCACACAUACAUAUGCAUACACAUACAUAUACAUAUGUGUACAUGGAGUCGCAGCAGCCGCCGACUAAGGGGAAACUAUAACAAAAAAAAUUAAAAAGCAACAUGCCCGAGUCAAUUCCCAUCGUGCGGCCAACUCAACAACAUUUUCUCAACGAACUGUGCAAACGAAAUGCAUGCAGGAUGCCAGAGGCAACCACUUCAAUUAAGUAAAUACUAAUGAAUUAAAAAUAACCGAACGAUAAAACGAUUCACAACAUAAUAUACAUUCUUGAGAAAAGGAGUCGAUUGUAUAACAACGAGAACGCAAAAGCGCUAAAAACAAAAAACAAAAUACAAAAAACUUUUAUAUAUUUUCUUCGUGACAUUGGACAAGAAAAACCGUCAAAAUUACGACGUAUCACCCACCUACGCCCAAAGUCAAACAGAACCCGGCCAAUAUGGACAAUACGUCCGGGCCGGGUGCGUUUGACGAUGAGCCGCCGCCAGAGCCACGAGACGGUUGGCUGCUGGUGCGCAUCCAUGUGCCGGAGCUGAACGUCUACAAGUGUCUGCAGUUUCCAUCGGAGCGUCUCGUCUGGGAUGUUAAACAGCAGGUGCUUGCCUCGCUGCCAAAGGAACUCAAGGAGAGCUUCAACUAUGGCCUCUUUGCGCCGCCCGCCAAUGGCAAAGCCGGUAAAUUUUUGGAUGAGGAGCGACGCCUGGGCGACUAUCCAUUUAAUGGACCUGUUGGCUAUCUGGAGCUCAAAUACAAAAGACGCGUUUACAAAAUGCUCACGCUCGAUGAGCGCCAGCUGAAGGCGCUCCACACGCGCGCCAAUUUGCGACGCUUUCUCGAAUGCAUCAAUGGUGGCCAUGUGGAGAAAAUUGCCAAAAUGUGUGCCAAAGGCCUCGAUCCCAACUUUCAUUGUUCGGAGAGUGGCGAGACGCCUCUAACAGUGGCCACGGGCGCCAAGAAACCCAAUAAGUUGCUCAUCGCUCUGGUCAAUGGUGGCGCGCUAUUGGAUUAUCGCACCAAGGAUGGCACCACGGCCCUACAUCGAGCCGUUGAGCACGAUUCUCUAGAGGCAGUGAGUACGCUACUCGAGUUGGGAGCCUCACCUAAUUACAGAGAUGGGCGUGGCAUUACGCCCCUGUACAUUUCGAUUACGCGCAAGUGUGAGGCGAAGAUAACGGAGAGUCUGUUGCACGAUCAUGCUACGCUGGGCAUACAGGAUAGUCAGGGCUGGAACGAGGUUCAUCAGGCCUGUCGGCACGGCCUGGUGCAGCAUUUGGAACACUUGCUAUUUUAUGGUGCGGACAUGGAUGGUCGCAAUGCGUCCGGUAAUAGCCCGUUGCAUGUAUGCGCUGUUAACAACCAAGAGGCUUGUGCUAGAAUGCUUCUCUUUCGUGGCGCACAACGCGGUGCCCAGAACUUUGCCAACCAAACUCCCUAUCAGGUUGCUGUUAUUGCGGGUAACCUGGAACUGGCCGAAAUAAUCGAGAACUACAAAUCGGAGGAUAUUGUUCCCUUUCGCGGACCGCCACGCUACAAUCCGAAGCGUCGCUCGGGCAUUGGCUGGCUAAGCGCCAAUGGUGCCUCCGGUGCUGCCCUGAUCGCUGCAGCUGGCGGCCUUGGUGGUGUGGCCAAUGGCGGCGCUGUUGUUGCUCCCGGCAUGGGCGGGGGAGGCGGCGUGAUGGGGACAUUGUCGCGGCAUAGCACACUGCUGCCCCCUCCGUCCCAGCUGCAGCAGCAGCACAUGCCGCAACACAAUCAGCAGCCACAGCACCACCAGCAUCUGCACCACCAGCACCAUCAGCCGCACCUGCAGCUGCACGGGCCGCCAUCGCCGUGCCCGUCCGAGCACAUGCCAUACAGUUCGGCCAGUUCGAGUUUGUCGGAGGGCUCGUCCGGACAUCGCUCGCACGAGGAUGACAUCAGCAUUGUGACAGACAAAUCGCUUGGAGAUACCAGCGACAUCAUCAGCGACUCUUCGGGCGUGGGCACCAACUCCGACUCGGCGGCCUGCUCGAUUGGACACCCCAGCACAACGGUGGUGUGCAUGGAGCCCUAUGGAGGCAACACCGCGGGCCACAUACGCCUGCAGCCCGGUGAUGUCAUCGAGGUGGUGGGCAGUACCGACUGCGGCUUGCUGGAGGGCUAUGUGCGGGGCACCCAACAGUCCGGCUUCUUUCCCGCCGACUGUGUCCAGGAGGUGAAUCUGCGGCAGAAGAACAUCACCAACGUGAUGACCGCCAGCACCGGCAUGACUCCACAACAGCAGCAGCAACAACAGCAGGCGGGUAUUCCCUCGCAGCAGUCGCCGUACCAGCACUCGCCAGCUGCCUCGAGCCUGGGCUUGCAUCAGGGUUCGCCCCAACUGAGUCUGGGCGGGCACUCGGGCAGCUCGAGUACACUGCUGCAGCAGCCUCAUCAGUCGCCCUCACUGUCGCUGAACAGCAACGGAUCCUGCCAGCAGCAGCAGCUGGAGGGCACAGCUCACAUUGGACAAAUGCAGGCUCAGGCACAUGUGCAGACGGUGAACAACCAUUCCAUUGGACAGUACAGCAGUGCCACAGCUCCGCGUAUCAAAAAGAGCGCCUACAAUGAGCCACGCACUGUGGUGCUGCAUCGUGCCAAACGUGGCUUCGGUUUCAUACUUCGGGGUGCCAAAGCCUCCUCACAGCUCAUGCAGCUGCGUCCGUCCGAACGGUUUCCAGCACUGCAGUAUCUGGACGAUGUUGACCCGGGCGGUGUGGCGGACAUGGCGGGUCUCAAGCCGGGCGACUUCUUGUUGACCAUCAAUGGCGAGGACGUUAGCGCCGCCUCGCACGAAAAAGUGGUAGAAAUGAUACGUUCUGCGGGCGCCCUGGUCACCAUGACCGUAAUCUCGCCCCAGUUUCCCAACCAGAUGCAGGCCAGUGUCCAGUACUUGCCCAGCGGAGCACGCGCUGGCAGCCAGCACUUGAACAGCGGACCCAGCACGCCACAGAGUUCGCAUCGCCAAUGCGCCACCUUGCCACGCAAGAUGUCGGGCAUGGUGGCCGGGCAGGCAGGCGGCGGCAGUGUCCGCAUGGCUCCCAUGCCACCACGUCGCGAUCCCAAGACGACGCUCAGUGUGGGACGCGCGCGUGCUAAGUCGAUGGUGGCUGGCCUUGAGAAUGGCGGUGAGAAGGAAGACGAUGAUGUUCCCCACACUAAAUCCUCUUCGGUGGAGUCCAUUGUGACGCCCACCCCCACCCAUCCUGGGACGCCGGUGCAGCUACGCACCGCUAGCAUCAAGGCGCGUCCAACAUCCAGUCGCAUUACGGCCGCGGAGCUCGAAGAGCUCUUCCAACGCCAGCAGGGGGAGGGAAACGCCGAAGGAGGCGCCAAUCGUUACUCCACCAUGAUGACCACAUCGCGCUUCCAAUCGGGCACAGACAGUGGAGCUGCCACGCCCCCAGCUAGUAACAGUUCACCAAUGCGCUCUGCCGGACCAUUAGUCUACGGCAGUGUGGCCGAGAUGAAGCGAAAGACGGCUAAAGCGAAGCACGGCAGUGGAACGCUACGUGGCAAACCGGUGGCCACCCCAACUGUUGGCUCAGCCGGUGGCGCUGGUCGCGAUCUAAAGCGCUUCCAUUCCACGCCCGAUCUGAACUCACAAUUGCACGGCUCUGCCUCGUCCAUUUGGCAGGCAGCAGGCAAGGGCCAUCACUCACAGGAUGAUGUGGCCACAUUACAUGCGUCCCUCCAGCGACUGAACACAAGCGCCGGCGCUGCUGCUUCUGUUGCUGAGGCGGCUGCAAAGUCUAGCGCCGCGCAGCUACCACCGCCCAAUCAUCCACCACCGCCGCCGCCUGUUGGACAAGUUGUCAAGGUGGAGACGCGCAGCAGCACCUCGGAGUACGAGAGCACUGUUUCGUUGCAGCAGAAGUUGGUGAAACGUGCCGAAAACGAUGCCGUGACCUCGGCGGCCAUUGAUGGUGUACAGUCUAGCUUCAAUCCCUCGGCCAAUGCCAAGAUAUAUGCCUCGCCGCAGGAGCUGCGCAAUGUGAUGGCUUGGAAGCUGCGGCAGUCAGGUCAGGAGAAGGCACCCAACACAGCCUCCCAAGCCACACCAACAACAGCAACAGCAGCAGCAGCAGCGGCACCUCCAGCAACACCUCCGGUGGUCAGUCAGUAUGCCGCACCCACACAACUCCGUGCUCAAGUAGCGUCAACAACAACAACAGGCCCCGCUUCCCAUUAUGCAGCUCCACAGGUGCAACAACAACAACAACAACAGCAGCAACAGCAGCAACAACAGCCUCCACAGCCGGCACAGCAGCAACCACAGCAGGAGGAUGCUGCGCCUUUGUCUGCGCAGACACAGAAUGGCCAUGGAACAGCAGCCCCAACAGCGCCUGGAACGGCCCCGCCCAUACCCGAACCGGACUACAGCUGCAGCGAGUCGGAUGGCGAGGAUGAGAAUUCCAUUCUCGUUGCACGCAACACGAAGCUCAACGAGAAAAUCGCGCUCUUCGAUGUCCCCGAAACGAGUGGCAACAGUCAGGCUAGUGGCAGCAGUUCAGGAUCUGGUAGUGCAUCCAUCUCCCAUUCGCUAUCCGUUGAUGAAAUCCAGCGCAUACGGAGUAAUCUGAAGACUUCGAAAUCUUCGCCCAAUGGCUUCCAUAAGCCGGAGCAGCAAUCCCAUCAGCAACAGCAACUCCAGCAGGAGCAACCUCCGUCCACAGCAGCCAAUCAGCCGGCAGCCAAUGGACGCCCCGGGCCUGCUCCUGAGGAUGAGUGCGACAAUAGCUCCUCUGGUGUGAGCAGUGAUCAGGAAAUGAUUGCCAGCGGUGGCAAGCUAACAGACACUAUCAAGAAGAAGCCGAGCGUGACGAUUGUGGAGCAACCCAAGACAAUACCAACUCGCGCUGGUUCGACUGAAGAACCGCAGCAGCCCAAGGUAACAGCUGUAAGCAGCUCCUUGACGCAAGCAAAGACAACCAUAACUAUUGGUGGUGGAUCAACAGGAGGAGCAGCCACGACUGCGACCAGUAUUAAUAGUGGCACGAACGUGGCGCACGCAGCUGCCGCCUAUGAGGCAGCAACUAAGUCAACAGCAGCAGCCAACAAUCUCAACAAUAAUGCGGGCAAUAAUCACAACAACAACACCACCCCAACCACCAUCACAGUCAAACAAUUGGUGCAACAACAACAUGCGCCACUCAUUCAGCAGCAGCAGCAGCAACAGCAACAGCAACAAAAGCUGGCCACCAAGUCCUCUGGCAUGCCUCAUGGCAGCAAAUUGUUGCAACAGACCAAUGCAAAGCUUGCUGCUGCUGGCAUUAAUCCGCAGGUGCUUAGCCCACAGCUGCUCGGUCGCAUUCCCAAUGUGCAUCACCACCAACAGCUUCAGCAACAACAACAGCUUCAGCAGCAUCAGGCCAAUCCCAAUCAGAAAUUAAUUGCCACACAACAGCAAAUAUUGCAGCAGCAACAACAGCAGCUCGCGCAUCAGCAGCACUUGCAGCAAAUCCUAAAGGCCAAGGCAGCAGCCGCGGGUGGUGCCAGCAACACAGCCGCUUUGGUGGCGAAACAACAGCAACAGCUGCAUAAGAGCCACAGUGGCGGCGGCAAUGACUCGGAGUUAGAGCAACGUUCCGAUCUGGAGGAUGACGAUGGAGACCUGAGUCCCUCACCGCCGGCCAAGGCUUUCCAGCGGCACAACUCUCUGACCCGCAAGCAGGCGGCAGCCAUUGCCAUGCAACGUGGAGUAACGCGAACCUCGGCCGUGUCGCUGGUGCAGCUGCCACCACCACUGGAGGCAGACAGCGAUGGCGAACUAGGAGGCGGGGUGGGUCCAUCCACGCACAUUGUAGGAGUUUUGACGCCGAUGGGUCAUCAUAUGGUGGCUGGGAUGGGUGUAAAUGUUGCCACCGCUGCCGCUGCCGCUGCUGCUGUUGUUCCCAAUGCGGUUGUGGCGCAGCCGGGCAACAACAACCUGCAGAUGUGCGCGGAUAAUUUGGUGUUGGCGCCACCGCCGCAGUUCUGCGAUUGCAAUGAUGCCAAGCACGCGCCACAGCUGCCUCCGCAGUACCAUCCACAGCAACAACAGCAACAGCUGCAUCUGCAACAGCAGCAGCAACAACAACAGCAGCAGCAGCAGCACCAACAACAACAGCAGCAGCAGCAGCAGCAACGUGUUGCUGGUGGCGCUGGCGCUGGUGCCGUUGGCACAUUAGGGCGCGUCCGCAUUGUCGGCGCCAUGCCCAAGACCAAUCACCACCGGCUGCAUUGAAGUGGCAUGCAGGAGGUGUUGUAAACAAACCAUUUGCCAAAUCGCUCGAUAGCUAGCAUAGUAGUUAGUUGGGUUAACAGUCAUUGCCAUUCACAACGAAUCGCAUUCGCACUCACUUAAACUUAAACUCACUCACUCACACAUGCGCAUUGCACGUUGCCUGGCCACAUGUUGCCAGCAACAUUUUCAUUUCUUGCCACUUUUGGGCAAGCAAUCAAUAAUCGAUAAAUUAACGUUACUCCCAAAAUGGCGCAUAUUGUUAAGCCAACAAACAAAAAAUAUACAUAUAUAUAUAUAUAAGUACAUAAGUACAAGUUACGGAAAAUUUAAUAAUAAAAUGCAUUAUUCAGAUAAACAUGUUCACACGGAUUCAUGCACAAACAAAAAAAAAAAAAAACAAGGGGAGAAAUGAAACGUUAGCAUUCGUCAAGGAGUUGUAAUUCGUAUUCUCGAGCAUAGAACUUAUAAUUUUAUUAUUUAUGUGUGAUAUAAAUUUAUGAAAGAACAAGAUGUAACAAUAUUUUAAACAGGCAUAAAGCAUAACAAUCUUAAUUGCAAUAUCUAAGUAAAAUAAUUAAUUAUCAUACGUAUAUACACAUGUAAAACUUACUUUUAAGUUGGCCAUUGAAAGCAAGCUAAGAAGGAGCAGCAGCAUUUUCUGUCACAAACCACAUCCUUUUUAGCUUGUUUUCGAGCAUACAUUUCUGAAUUAGUGUCGACUCUUGGCACACAUAUUCGUUUUUAUUUUUGAGUUUUAACGCGUUUUGAAAAGGCGCAACGGCAUGUUUAUUUCAAAUGCAUUUCUUCAGUAUCCAUCCAUUCAAUUAGCUGGCAUUCAAGUAACGUAAUACGAAAUUACGAAAUGCACAAAAUAUUAAACAAUUAAUAAUAUUAGCGUUAAUAUUUAGUGUGCGUUUUAAUGGCAAUAAUGAUAUUUGAAUUUGCGCAUUUAGACGAAUUUCAAGUCAAACAGAGUCAAGUAAACUAAAUAAUUGAACGGAUUUUUAAAUCAACAUUUAUAA